UUUUUACUUUUUAUCAGUCUAAUAACGCCGUUGUUACUAAGUCGGUUAGCUCACCACGGUCUGUGAUUAAAGGAAUGCAUUUGCAAUUGAAAUUUAAAAACGAAUGCUGUGUGAUUUAUCGACUCGACCAAUUGGUUUUUUAUUUAUCCUAAACUAUCUGUUAUUAACGUAAUUGUAGGUGUAAAUGGCAUCAUUUAACCAAAGCACUGAUGAAAAUAAACAGAAUGGCAAGAGGAAAUGGAAUGAAUCUCAUUCGGAUAUCGAAAGAAAUUCUAAAGAUGAUGAAGACGACCACUCAACUACUGACAAAUGGAUGAAAAAAGUGCACCGCCUGUGUCCGUAUUUAGAUACAAUCAACCGACAGGUGUUGGACUUCGAUUUCGAAAAAUUGUGUUCCGUAUCGCUGUCGCGAAUCAAUGUCUACGCUUGUCUGGUCUGCGGUAAAUAUUUUCAAGGUCGUGGCACCAACACCCACGCCUACACUCACAGCGUCGCCGAGAGCCACCACGUAUUUUUGAACUUGCAAACCCUGAAGUUUUACUGUUUGCCUGAUAACUACGAAAUAGUCGAUUCUUCGCUGGACGACAUCAAGUACGUGCUGAAUCCGACUUUCUCGCCUAAGCAUGUUAGCCUGCUGGAUACGUGCGACAAACGAUCGCGGGCAAUUGAUGGCACGCUGUAUCUACCCGGCAUCGUAGGCCUGAAUAACAUCAAGGCCAACGACUAUUGUAACGUCAUCCUGCAGGCUUUGUCUAAUGUCACCCCGCUUCGUGACUACUUUCUGGAUGAGAGGAACUAUGCCAAGGUGAAACGGCCACCCGGUGACAGUGUGUUCUUACUGGUCCAGCGGUUCGGUGAGCUUAUGCGAAAGCUAUGGAAUCCGCGAAACUUCAAGGCUCAUGUGUCGCCACACGAAAUGUUACAGGCGGUCGUUUUGUGGAGUGGCAAGAAGUUUCAGUUCACCGAGCAGGGCGAUCCGAUUGACUUUUUGUCGUGGUUCUUGAACUCUUUGCACAGAGCGCUGAAUGGGAAGAAGAGCCGCCACUCCAGUAUCGUAUAUAAAACGUUCAUGGGCAGUAUGCGCGUGAAGACUCGCAAGAUUCCACCCGUGGAGCUGGAUGAAAAACAAAGGUACAGCCUGCUGUGCACAGACGAAUACGCUGAGCACGUGUCUGAAUCGCCGUUUCUCUAUUUGACUUGCGAUCUUCCACCGCCGCCGUUAUUCAAAGACGAAGUCAUGGAGAAUAUCAUACCGCAAGUGAGUUUGUAUUCUCUGCUGACCAAGUUUAACAACGAAUCGGAAAAAGAGUAUAAGACUUACAAAGAAAAUUUCAUGAAACGUUUCGAGAUCACUCAGCUCCCGCCGUACUUGAUUCUAUAUAUUAAGCGGUUUACGAAGAACACGUUUUUCGUCGAAAAGAAUCCCACUAUCGUUAACUUCCCGGUAAAGAACGUAGAUUUCGGAGACAUACACUCCCGAGGUGAAAGCCGCACACAAAAAUACUUCUACGACUUGAUUGCUAACAUUGUGCAUGACGGGGAACCUAACAAAGGCACGUAUCGCGUGCACGUGCUAAAACAAGGGAACAGUAAGUGGUACGAGAUGCAAGACUUGCAUGUGAGCGACAUACUUCCACAGAUGAUCACUUUGACUGAAGCAUACAUACAAAUUUACAAGCUCAGAACUGAUAGAUAGAUGUACAAUUUGUAUUGAAUAUUUUUUUAAUAAAAAUAAUUUAAUUAUAUUGUUUUUAUUUAUCAUUUAAGAAAUAGGUAAGUCAAACUUUUGAUUUUAGUACACAUCUAAUACAAGUUUUAAUUUUUGUCAGUUUUUUUUUUUUUGUUCAAACAUGAAAUCAUACAUAACUAAAGUUAUUUAUAUUGCAAUAGUAUAAUAAAUUAUACAUUAAAACAAAUAGUUCAUUAAUCAUCAACACCUAAGCCCCGUAAUAUGUUUGUUUCGA